UCCAGGUCCACACCCGCUUAAAUCUCCAACUUCCAUUUGAGCACGGAAUUCAGCGAAAUUCCAAAUUUCUAUCCAAAUUAUGGAUAAACUGCCAGCCGAUCUCUUACCAGUUGUGAUGGAGCAACUCGUGCUUCUCCAUUUAGAACAUGCACGAAGAGCAUGUGGGACGUUGCGGACGCUACUUGAUUUGCGUUUAGUAUGCCGAUCAUUUUCCAGAGAGCUCCUCCGCCCUCUAAACCAGCAUAUAACGCUUCCCAACCUCGCAUUCCACAACCGAGUCUUCCGACAGCAAAAACAACCCUUAACAAGCAUAACGCACAUCCGCAACCAGAUUAUUACUUCUGCUCUCUUCAACUCCACCAGAAGCAUCCACAAACGACACCUCUGCACCACAAUCACUAAAUGUCUCCAACAAUAUACUCAAGUCGCGGAAGAUAUCGCUAAAGAUAACUCAUGUGGGCAAACUACGCAGCAACUAACCAAAACUCUCAGCAGAGCAACCGUGUACUCUGGCGUCUGCAUGGCGUUUCUAUUCAACACCUACGAGAUCCGCACCAACGAAUCCGACAUUUACUGCAUCGCCACCAUGCUCAAUCUCAAAGACUUCCUCAUCGCAAAAUCGCUCCAAGAGCACACAAAAGACCUACACUUACACCGUAGCACUCUUUUCGGUGAUGCGAUAUCCUGCGCCGUGCUCUGCGGCCACGCAGACGUGGUUCAACAUCUCGCGGACCCGAAGUCGUGGCCGCAUAGCCCGUUAAAGGAUUCUAAUGCGGUUGAGCUCGCUAUCGAGCUCGGUAAUGUGGACAUCUUGAACGUGCUGCUUGGACUGGGGAAGAAAGCCGGGGGUGUUAAGAAACAUGGCAUGAAGUACGAAAAACACAUUUUCCGUGCCGUGUUGGGCGGGAAUGUGGAGGUUGUGAAGAUAUUCUUUAAUGCUAUUGACCCGAGGGACUUUAAGUCAGUAGAGUAUUACAAGAGCGAAGUUUUAAGGCUUAGACAGCAGAGUUUUAUCCAUGCGGUGUGGUUCGCGCAGACGGAUGUGGUGAGACUGUUUGUGGGGAAGGGGGUUGAGAUUGAUAGAGCGGACGCGGUCGGGAGGACUGCGAUGAGAAUUGCGCGGGAGAAGGGAUUCACGACUAUUUUGAGAGUAUUGGUGGAAGCUGGGGCGACUGUGGACGAGGGAGAUAUGAGAUUGUAUUCUGGAACUGUUACAGUUACUAAGGGAAAGGGUAAAAAAAAGGCAGGAUCUAAAUUUUGGAGAUGGAAAAAGGUGACAGAAAGUGAUCCUGAGCCUUUGCGUGUUGAUAAGAGGGGGUACGAAUAUUACAUAUAG